AUGGCGCUGCGGCUCAACCUUCACAAAACCUUGCUAGAACCAAGGAGGUUACGCGAGUUUACAGUGGCAACCUUUUCUGGUCAGAUAAUGCUCAAGUUCCGCAAGAAACGACUCAAAUUUGCGAAGAGUCGCAUUCACGACUGGGGACUGUUUGCUCUGGAGCCGAUUGCGGCCGACGAGAUGGUCAUCGAGUAUGUGGGCCAGAUGUCAAACUGUUACGCCAAAGUAAUUACAGUGGAAGGGCAGAAGAAGAUCGUCACUUACUCAAAGCAGCCCAUCAACGUCAAUGAGAUGAUCACCUAUGACUACAAGUUCCCUCUGGAGGACGAAAAAAUUGUGUGCCUGUGUGGAGCGCCCCAGUGCAGGGGUCUCUUGAACUGA